AUGCCGAAUUGUCCAUAUUGUAGUAAGAUUUUAAUGAGUCGACAGGCAUUAGGGAAUCAUAUAAAAAAACAUUUAGAUGAUAGUGAUGAAGAUUUCUCUUUGCCAAAUCAAGCAGCUCAAACAAGUUUAGGUAAAAUAACAAACAAAGUCCUUAAUAAUCAAACCAAGUUUAAAAGGCAAAACUUUUCUGAGGAAACAGAAACGAAUUAUAAGAAAAUAUGUUUUGAGCAUAACUUAAGUAACAGUUUAGAAGAGGUCAACUUUAAUGUAGAUGAAUCUAUUAAAAAACAAAAUCCUAGUGUCUCAUCUUUUAACUACAUAAAUGAUACUCAAUAUUAUAAAUCUAGUGAAAAACAAGAUGCUAAAUUUUUUGAUAAUAGUAAUUCUCAAAGUAAUACAUCGGAUGAACAAUCGGAUUUAUAUGAUUCUCAAAGUAAUACAUCAGAUGAUUCUCGAAACAUUACAAAUGUUGAUAUUAAUGAAUUUGCUGAGUAUGAUAAUUUGCUUGCUGGAAAAACAAAAGAACCUGAAGACAUAUACCAAAGGUUUCCAUCAAAAGAAUAUGCAGAGUUUAUGAAUAUCGUAUCACAAUUUCAGAAUCUUGAUCUUCCAAACUUUGGUUGGCGAAAAGAAACUAUUUUAGAGUAUGAAGGGUUAGAAUAUACCCUUGAGUUUAGAACAGUACUGGAUGGAAUACAUCAAAUCCUAAUAAACAAGAGUAUUGCCGAAGAAUUUAUAUUUGAAUAUAAGUUAUCUAUUGAUAGUAUAAAUAUAUAUGAUUCUGACUGGUGGAGAAACGUGAAACAAAAUAUUCCAAUUGGAGCAUAUGUGAUGCCAAUCAUUCUUUACUCAGAUGCCACUCUCUGCGAUCAUUUAGGCAAGACAUUGAGACAUUCUGUAUUCAUAACAAUUGGAAAUAUUCCUUUAGCUUGUCGUAACAAAGUUGAUACAAAAUUUUACUUGCUACCAAAUACAGACAAUCUAUGGAUGUGUGGCUUUAAACAACUUAAACACUGCAUUUACGAUUACCUUCAAAGUAUUGAAAAUUGGUCAUUACAAAAUAUUAAGUAUAAUACAGUUUUAAUCGAAGUAUUUGAUUUUGCUUAUCUGAACAAUGAUGAUAAAAUAAUUAUUCGUGCAUCUUCGAGUUAUCAUAAUCAAGCAAUUUUUUCAGAUAUCUGUAUUGAAAUGGAUGAAUUAGAACAAGAAGAUUAUUUAAUGGAUAAUGGCUUAUGUUAUGCAAAUAUACUUCUUAUUACUCGGAUCACUUCACCAAAAUUAGACCAGAAACUUGAGCUUGCACUUGUUUAUUGGUAUGACUUUGCAUAUCCAUCUGAUAUAAAUAAUUGA